AUGGUAUCGAUGGAGAAAGUCCCCAUCUUGGGGAAGGAAACGAUCCAUGUUGGCCAUAAUAUUCACUCGCACAUGGUGCGUACGAUCAUCGAUGAGUGUCCAUCAUCUACCUAUGUGGUAAUCAAUGAUACUAAUCUCUUGAGAGUCCCUUACUACCAUACUGUUGUUAACGAAUUGAAGAGGAGUCUUCCUGAGGGCUCCCGUUUGUUAGAAUAUUUCGUCAAACCAGGUGAAGCUCAUAAGACCAGGGAGACUAAGGCAGAUAUCGAGGAUUACCUAUUAUCCGAAGGAUGUACUCGUGAUACCUUAAUUAUUGCCAUCGGUGGUGGUGUCAUUGGGGAUAUGAUUGGAUUUGUUGCUGCAACUUUCAUGAGAGGGGUCCGCGUAGUUCAAAUUCCAACUUCCUUGCUUGCCAUGGUGGACUCGUCCAUUGGUGGUAAGACUGCUGUGGAUACUGCACUAGGGAAGAACUUCAUUGGUGCAUUCUGGCAGCCACAAUUAGUUUUGGUCGAUAUUAAAUGGCUGGAAACUUUGCCCAAGAGAGAGUUUAUCAACGGUAUUGCCGAAGUGAUCAAGACCGCUUGUAUCUGGAACGCUGAUGAGUUUGCUCGUCUGGAAGCUCACUCUGACAUCUUUUUGAAUAUUGUCAAUAACUCCAAGCUGAUUAAAGUGGCUAAUGAGAAGACCGAUGAAGUGCAAGAGAUCACUUACACGGCUAUCGACCAAAUGCUUGAACAUACCUAUAAGCUUGUUUUGGAGAGUAUUAAAGUGAAAGCUCAUGUGGUCUCCUCAGAUGAGCGUGAAUCCAGUUUGAGAAACUUGCUGAAUUUUGGACAUUCCAUCGGUCAUGCUUACGAAGCAAUCUUGACUCCUCAAGCCCUACACGGUGAAUGUGUCUCCAUUGGUAUGAUAAAGGAGGCAGAACUUUCCCGUUAUUUGGGUAUUUUAACUUCAACACAAGUGGCCCGCUUGUAUAAGAUCUUAGUCGCUUAUGGGUUACCAGUAUCGCCAGAUGAGAAAUGGUUCAAAGAGCUGACUUUACAAAAGAAAACUCCUCUUAAUGUUUUAUUGAGUAAAAUGAGUAUUGACAAGAAGAAUGAUGGCUCUAAGAAGAAGGUCGUUAUCCUGGAAAGUAUCGGGAAAUGCUACGGUAAGUCAGCUCACGUUGUCUCUGAUGAGGAUUUGAGGUUUGUCUUAACCGAUGAGACUCUAGUUUCCCCAUUCAACAGCAUUCCUGCCGACCAAGCGAAAGUUGUCACUCCACCUGGAUCUAAGUCGAUAUCCAACCGUGCUCUGAUAUUGGCCGCCUUAGGCCGUGGUACCUGUAAAAUCAAGAAUCUGCUACAUUCGGAUGACACUAAGCAUAUGUUAACGGCCGUACAAAAGCUAAAAGGUGCCACUAUUACUUCGGAAGACAACGGUGAAACUGUUGUUUUGGAGGGUCAUGGCGGUGAAACGCUGAGGGCUUGCGAGGAGCCCUUGUACUUGGGUAAUGCCGGUACAGCUUCCAGAUUCUUAACCUCUGUUGCAGCAUUGGUUAAAUCGGCUGGCACUCAAUCACAUGUCGUUUUAACUGGUAAUGCAAGAAUGCAGCAAAGACCCAUCGGUCCUUUAGUCGACUCUUUGAGAGAAAAUGGUACCGAAAUAGAGUACCUGAAUGCCGAUGGUUCGCUGCCCAUUAAGGUCUCCACUAAUUCGUCCUUCAAAGGUGGCAGAAUUGAACUAGCAGCCACGGUUUCCUCUCAGUACGUUUCUUCGAUCUUGAUGUGUGCACCAUACGCUGAAACGCCUGUCACUUUGGCUCUUGUUGGCGGUAAGCCAAUCUCCCAAUUGUACGUAGACAUGACAAUCAAGAUGAUGGAAAAGUUCGGUGUCAAAGUCGAAGCAUCCAAGACUGAGGCAUACACAUACCACAUUCCAAAAGCUCAAUACGUCAAUCCAUCUGAGUAUGUGAUUGAAAGUGACGCUUCUAGUGCAACUUACCCGCUUGCCUUUGCUGCAAUGACUGGAACUACCGUCACCGUGCCUAAUAUCGGUAGCGAAUCUUUACAGGGUGACGCAAGAUUUGCUGUAGAUGUUUUGAAGCCAAUGGGUUGUAAAGUUCAACAGAGUGCUACUUGUACAACUGUUACCGGACCUGCACGAGGAUCACUGAGACCUUUGAAACACGUCGAUAUGGAACCUAUGACUGAUGCAUUCCUAACAGCGUGCGUUGUCGCAGCAAUUUCACAUGAUGAUGAUCCAAACUCUCAAAACAUUACAACUAUCGAGGGUAUUGCUAACCAACGUGUUAAAGAAUGUAACAGGAUUGAGGCAAUGGCUACACAGCUUGCUAAAUUCGGAGUUGCUACUAAGGAGCUACCCGAUGGUAUUCAAGUUUACGGUUUGAACUCCUUAGAAGACUUGAAAGUCCCAUCUGAUUCAUCAGGGCCUAUUGGGGUUGAAACGUAUGACGAUCAUCGUGUCGCAAUGAGUUUCUCACUGUUAGCUGGUAUGACUAACUCUACCCAGUCCAGCGAGAAGUCCUUUGAACCUGUAAGAAUUUUGGAAAGACAUUGCACAGGAAAGACCUGGCCAGGUUGGUGGGAUGUUUUGCACACCGAACUAGGUGCAAAGCUCGAUGGUGCUGAACCAUUAUCAAGCGGUGCCAAGAGAUCUAACAAGAGUGUUGUUAUUAUUGGAAUGAGAGCUGCAGGCAAAACGACGAUUAGUAGAUGGUGCGCUUCUGUUUUGGGUUAUAAACUAGUCGAUUUAGACAACCUCUUUGAAAAAAGAUACGGAAAGGGUUCCGUGAAAGAUUUUGUUGCUGAGCAUGGAUGGGAUGAGUUUCGUGCUCAAGAAUCUAAGAUAUUUAACGAGGUCAUUGAGAAACAUGGCGAUGAUGGAUAUGUCUUCUCUACUGGAGGCGGCAUUGUUGAAUCUUCAGAUGCUAGAAAGGCAUUGCAACGUUUUGCAGCUAGUGGAGGUGUUGUUUUGCACCUACACAGAGAUAUCGAAGAGACUAUCGUUUUUCUGCAGAGCGAUCCAAGUAGGCCAGCCUAUGUGGAGGAAAUCAGGGAAGUCUGGGAAAGAAGGGAAACAUGGUACAAUGAGUGCUCUAACUUCACCUUCUUUGCUCCACAUUGCUCAGACGAAGUUCAGUUCCAAAACUUGAGGAGGGCUUUCGAAAACUAUAUAUCGACAAUUACAGGUGUGAGAGAGGUUCAAAUACCAACUAAAAGAUCAUCAUUUGUUUGCUUGACUUUUGACGAUCUGAGGAAAAAGGUUGACGAUUUACCUGCUAUUGUUUACGGUUGUGACGCGGUUGAAGUCAGAGUCGAUCACCUGGCUAAACUUGAUGCAGACUACGUUUCAAAACAACUUUCUCUUCUACGUACAGCCACUGACAGUUUGCCCAUCAUUUUCACCAUUAGAACGAAGAAGCAAGGAGGUAAAUUCCCUGAUGAAGACUACCAGUGCUUGGAAGACUUGUUCAGAACUGCUUUGAAAGCAGGUGUUGAGUUUAUUGAUUUGGAAUUAACUCUACCAACACAAUUGCAGUACAAGGUCCUGAAUAACAAGGGUUUUACCAAAAUUAUUGGAUCUCAUCAUGAUUUCGAUGGAGCUUUCUCGUGGGAUAACGCUGAAUGGGAAAAUAGGUACAAUCAAGCUCUCUCCUUAGAUGUCGACGUUAUCAAGUUCGUCGGUAUGGCUAAGAGUUUCGAAGACAACUUGGCACUGGAAAGAUUCAGAGGUAACCACAAGUCUAAACCAUUGAUCGCAAUCAACAUGUCUGAAUUUGGUAAAGUCUCCCGCGUGCUGAACACGGUGUUGACUCCUAUCACUUCUGAACUGUUGCCUAACGCCGCAGCUCCAGGUCAACUGACCCUGGCACAGAUCAACCAGACUUACACUUCAAUGGGAGGAAUUCAACCUAAAGAGUUUUACGUUGUUGGUAAACCAAUCGGACACUCCAGAUCACCAAUACUUCACAACACCGGUUACAAGCUCUUAGGUUUACCUCAUACCUUUGACAAAUAUGAGACUGACUUAGCAGCCGAUAUCAAGAAGGAGCUACUAGACGGGAAGUCCAAUCUUGGUGGUUUAGCUGUUACAAUCCCACUGAAAUUAGAUAUUAUGAAAUACAUGAGCGAGCUAACAGAAGCUGCCAAAUUGGUGGGUGCUGUGAACACGGUCACUCCAUUAGGCAACAGCAAUUUCCAAGGUGAUAACACUGACUGGUUAGGUAUUAGAAACGCCUUGAUCGGCAACGGUGUUCCUGAAAGCCUUGCCGGUGUUUCUGGUCUUGUCAUCGGUGCAGGUGGGACUUCGAGAGCUGCUAUUUAUGCCUUACACAGUCUGGGCUGCUCUCAAAUCUUUAUCAUCAACAGAACAACUUCGAAACUAGCUGAACUGAAGAAUUCUUUCCCAGAAUCAUACAACGUUGUUGCCAUUGGGUCGGCUAGCGAAAUUGAAGCUCUGGAAACUUCCGUUGGUGUUGCUGUCAACUGCGUUCCAGGAGACAAGCCAUUGGAUGAUGCUCUGUUGGGUAAGCUCGAGAGAUUUUUGACCAAAGCUACCCAUUCUUCUUUUAUUCCUACCCUUUUGGAGGCAGCCUACAAGCCUGCAGUUACCCCAGUGAUGAAAAUUGCCCAUGACAAGUACCAAUGGCAGGUCAUUCCUGGCUCCCAGAUGCUUGUUCAUCAAGGUGUCGCUCAAUUCCAAAAAUGGACCCAAUUGAAGGCGCCUUUCAAGGCCAUCUUCGAUGCUGUUACGAGAGAUUGA